UUAUAAGCAAAAAGAGACGAGUGAGCGUUUUAAUACAACUCCGCGUUUGCUUUUGAGGGCAUAUUUAUCGCAUAUUUUUUCUUGAAUGAAAAACCUCACGUUGGUGGCAGCAAAUCGACGCGAUUACGUAUAUGCUGUUGGCUUGCUGCAAGUGCAAAAAAAAUUCCAUCGAUUUCAACUACUGGACGGGAAUCGAGUGCUCUGCUGGCUGUUGAGCGCAAUGCAGAGCUCACUUCCGUUUCCCGCGGUCCCGAACCAGGCGGUAAACGAAAAAUACCGGAGGAAAUAUCGACGAUUGAAGCGAAUCAUGAAAAAUUUAAUCUUUGAAAAUGCUGCGUUGUGCGAUCAUGUUGCUCAGAUCCAGGAAAACAUUCUAUUAGUGAAGGAGGAGCGAAGGUAUCUGCUGAAGAAGUUACUGGAGCACGAGAAUGAUAUGGAAACCCAGAUGGGCAGACCGUGCAGUAAGUUGAACGAACUGAUCGCCAGUAGUUUGCCACCAAAAAGACAAUACAAAAAACGUUCCAAUGUCGAUGCCAACGCCGGUGAAGAUUCGUCCAAGAAGGGCACGAAACAACCCAGAAAACCUCGUGCCAAUGCUAACGCGGAGAAGAACGCUACCAAGAAAAGUCUUCAAAGCAUAUCGCUGAACAAAACGGGUCAUCCGACUUACCCGAUAACUAUCGGAGGGUUCACGAUUUUCAAUCUGGGUGAAAUCGCUUCAGAUAGAGUUGCUUACAAUACCGAGUAUACAAUCUACCCGAUAGGUUACACGGUGACACGUCCAUACGGUCAUCUGAAAGACCCUACGAAAAAGUGCAUUUACACCUGUCGUGUUCUGGACAACGGAGAAACGCCAAGGUUCGAAAUAAUACCGGAGAAUGAUACCGCCCUGACGAUAGCAGGUAAUUCCACCGAUGCGUGCCAUUCAACUUUGCUGCAGUGCAUCAACGCCUCGCUAGACUGCCGUAGCAUAGAUGGGCGACCGGCUGGUGACUGGUUUUUCGGCCUGUCACAUCCAACCAUCUGUAGCCUGAUACAGAGCUUUCCGAGCUCGAAGAAGUGCGCCAACUACCGCGGUAUUAAGAAGGAAAACUUUGCCAACAUGGACAAGGAGAACGAUCCGUCGCUGAACUACGAGGCACUGCAGAGACAUAUCACCAUCUCGGCGUACCAUACGGUUCCGGAGAUCAAGGAAGAACCACCGGAUGAGCUACUGGAUCAUUCGGACGGAAAUUCGUUUAGUUUAUCCUAGGGGAAGAAAAUUAAUGUGCUGAUUUUUGUUUCAAGACACGGGAGAAAGAGUUUGCUUAAUGUGCUAAGUGAUGUGCGUUUGGAGUAGGACCUGAAUAAAUAAUUAUGUCUUUUAAAUAAAUUUCUGGUUUCAAGCUAGUGAUUAUGUAUCAUUCCGAAUACACA